AGUCCGUCAUGGCCUGCUGCUGCCACCGCCGUUUCGGUUGAACUUCUCGAGGGUGCUCUGCGAAAAAAAAAGCGCGCGCGCGAAGUCGCGGCCUACUCGGAUGUUUUAGGGGUGUAGGGGGUUGGUGAGCGCGGGAUGCACUCGUGUGGGAGGACCACGUGAGUGCGCGCGAUUUGGCCGGAUGGGGGCGCCGGAAUUCACCCGUGACGAUACGACAAGGAUGCCAACAAUGACGACGCUGAUGAUGAUGAUGCUGGUGAUGAAUAAAGAGAAAUGAAGCAUAAAACGAUAGCAUAAAAAAAGAGGAGGAGAAGGCAAAGAGCAGUGUUGUGUACGUUGUGUUGUCUCUAGGACGGGCAAGUGGCCACCGUACGUUAAUCACCGUUCCGGAUGGAUGUGUCCUCGUGGGGGAACAACACCCGAAAUGUGUCGGAAGUGUGAGGGCAGCAACAUGGAAACUUGAUUGAGGUGGACUCGGUGUCGGUGCGUUUGUUACGCCGCGGAACUAACCUAGAAAUAAUAAAAAACGACGACAGAACAAAGUUACAGUGUUGCCAGCGCGGUUGGAUUUUGUGGUUGUUCAAUAAAAGCCGGAACAAGGGCGUCGAUGAGCGCGGGGAAAGGAGAAGGCACGACGGAUUGUGGAAUAUACACCAGCUGGUUUUGGCACAUCCAGAUAGUGCUGUGGACGGGAAAUUGUGCUUUUCGAAGGGGAUCGGAAGUGUAGUGUUGUCGGUCGGUGUGUGUCUGUGUAUGUAACGCGCAGUGUGGAGAAACAUUUUUUAAUUAAAAAUUUGAUGUCCGUGUGCCGGUCCGGGAUAUUUAUGUGGCCGGGCUUGGGUUUCAUGGGAGCGAGAUGAUCCGCCGGCAAGGCUCAUUACCAUACUAAUCAAAACAAACUGACCGUCUGGGUUUCCCCCGAAAAAAAAAAUCCAAGAAAAAUCAUCCUGCUGAGAAAGAAAAACUCUGCUAACUUUUCCAAGUGAUGGAAAAACAUUGGCCGUUGUGGAAUGCUCGGGAAAAACAACUAAACACUACGAAAAGGUUACAAACUGAUGAGGGUUUUGCGGGGGGUGUGUGGUAGUGAAACAAACACAGAAAACGCAAAGUUAAUACAAACACGGUGGUGGUGAUGGGAGGGAGUGAGUAGAGUUAAAAACAAACAAGGCCAAGGAAGAUAAAAAAUGUGUCAAUAAAGUGUGAAACUUUUGCGCUUCUUCUUCGACCAGACCCAGAAGAUUUCCACCGGGAGUUGCUCGGCGAACGUCGCCGCCUACUUAGCUUCCAAGUCAGGGCCCUGGCUGUCAGGUCGUUAUAAAAGUACACACAAAUAACACACACACACAGCGCAUAGAAAAAAGGGUCCUUCGGUGUGCGUGUGUCUGUGACGGAACGUGUUUGGAAUUUCAAAAUGGCGCCGAUCGACGACCAAGGAAGCUGUCCGGCGGUGACAGGACAACGCCGUGGCAGCAAGCGGCUGCUCGCCAGGAGACCGACGGUCCAAAAUCCGGUGACCACCGCCGGAAGUGGACUGCUGCUCUGGCUCGGACUGCUGGUCGUGCUCGUCAAUGGCAACACAGACUCCAGGAAUGAGCAGGAACCGAAGCCGAGCUUUGCCAGUCCAAUAGAAAACGUGACAGUUCCUAUCGGUAGAGAAGCGACCUUAAGUUGUGUUGUACAAAAUCUUGGUGCCUAUAAGGUUGGAUGGAUGCGCGCGUCCGACCAGACCGUGCUGGCGCUGCAGGGCCGCGUCGUGACGCACAACUCGCGGUACGCGGUCACGCAGGAGGAGCCGAACGUGUGGCGGCUCAAGAUCCGGAACGUGCGCGAGUCCGACCGGGGCUGCUACAUGUGCCAGAUUAACGCGACCCCGCUGCAGAAGCAAGUGGGCUGCGUUGACGUGCAGUUGCCGCCGGACAUCUCGGACGAGCAGUCCUCGUCGGACACGACGAUCCGCGAGGGCGGCAACGUGACGUUCUUCUGCAAGGCCACCGGGCAUCCGGAACCCCGCGUCACAUGGCGGCGGGACGACGGCAGCCCGCUGUACCAGCGCCGCAACGGGACGGAGACGCGCAAAGUUGAUACCCAUAUCGGUAAUUUUCUGAACCUGUCGAACGUGGACCGGAGCCAAAUGGGAGCUUACCUGUGCAUCGCGUCCAACGAGGUGCCACCCGCCGUCAGCAAGCGGCUCUAUCUGAACGUGCACUUCCCACCAAACGUCACCACGGAACGUCCCCUGCUCGGCGUGUACGAGGAAUCGGACAUGGAGCUGGUCUGUGCCACCGAGUCCUUCCCGCGCUCGGUCAACUACUGGACCAAGCUGUCCGGCACCGGCAUCAGCUCGGGCUCCUCUCGAAACUCGGCCCCCAAUCCCAGCACCGCCCAGGAGGUCAUCGUGAACGGCGAUCGGUACGAAAUCCGCGAGCAGUACCGAACGCAGUACUCGGGCCAGAUCAGCCUCCGGAUCCGGCGGUUCGAGACGGCCGACGCCGGCAGCUACAUGUGCAUAUCAUCGAACGCCUUCGGCAAGGCGAACAAAACCAUUAGGGUUUAUGAAAUCAAACGGCCAACUACGACCACAACCACAACAACAACGACUACCACAACGACGGAGGCGCCAACAACGACCACGACCGAAGCGCCUACUACGAUCCCGGAUCGUCGGACCACGCUGAUGUCACAUCGAUCCCUGGACCCAUUCCCGGCCCACCACCCUCCGACGGACUACAUCUUCGAGUACAUCACCAACUCGCCCCCGUACGGCGUCGAGUACGGCAGCAACGGCGAGAUGUACUACAACUACCCGCAGCUGACGGCCUACAGCAAGUCGUCCCCGUCGAACCAGUACCCGGGCGGGGGUGGCGGCUCGGCCGGCACUUCCGGUGGCGAUCACGACGGCUCGGGCGGAGGUUCCGGGGCGCGAUCGCUGCUGGUGAGCUGCUCCGGCGAGGACCGCCUGGUGACGAUUCUGGUCAUGGCGGCCCUUUCGUGUUUGUCGUUUUUUCGGCUCUUUCAAGUCUAUCUGCCCUGGAUAACGGUGCUGGUGCUGCUGCUGCUGAUUGGCCGGAGGCCUAAGGAAAAGGAAGACGGCUUCCGGGAGUACGCGGGACGGGCCGUGUAGUGGGAAGUGGGAGGGAGAGGAAUAUGUUGAGUUUUCCGUUGAUUUGCUCAUUUGUUCAAAUUAGCCUAAGUCAGUUUGUAGGUGAUCAUUACGAGAUGCAAAAGAAAGGUAAUUGAAUCUAUAGAAGAAAAUAAUAAUAAAAUUUAGCACGCGGUCAGUGAAAUUUAAAAUGACGUCGUGUGAAAAUCAAAAAAGAUUGUGAAACAAAAACAUACCAAGAAGAAAACAAUUAGUGAAAUUGUAUAUAAAACAAUACGGCACACACAACACAUUACAUAAGCAGUAAAAAUCAUAAAAAAAAACAAAACUUUGGCCAGGGUUUGAAACAAUCGUGGCGCAUUGUGAAAAUCACAAUAGGAAUCAGUUAUCAAAAAUGGGAUAAGUACGUUUAAUAAAUGAUGUAUAUUAUGA